CCUGCCAUCUUCUGGCAACUAUCAAUAUUUAAAACGUAAAUAAAAAAAGAAACCACAGAAUUUCCUUUUCCCUGUCCGCCUCGCCAUUUCAGUUAAUUGAAGCCGGCACAGCGAUCUGCGCCCUUAUAAUUAUGCUUCGGCGACCGGCUCACGUGUCCCUCCAAGCCCUGCGCCGCAUGUACACGGCCACGGAUGAAGUCGUCGUCCAAACCAUCGGGGACAAGGGUGUCAUCACCCUGAACCGCCCCAAGGCCCUGAACGCUUUGAAUCUCAACAUGAUUCGGCAAAUCACGCCCGUCCUCGAGCAGUGGGACAAGGACAAGUCGCUCAUCAUCAUGAAGGGUGCAGGUGAAAAAGCUUUCUGCGCCGGUGGUGACGUGAGGGCCGUGACCGAGGCUGCCAAAACGGGGGACCGCUUUGCCUACGACUUUUUCUACGGCGAGUACCAGUUGAACGCCCUCAUCAACCGACUGAAGGUCCCGUACGUGGCCUUGAUCGAUGGAAUCACCAUGGGCGGAGGAGUCGGUCUCUCUGUGCAUGGAAGGUUCAGGGUGGCCACGGAGAAGACCCUGUUCGCCAUGCCAGAAACGGCCAUCGGACUUUUCCCUGACGUCGGAGGCAGUUAUUUCCUCUCUCGACUUCCAGGUCGACUUGGUCACUAUUUAGCCCUGACAGGGUAUCGUCUCAAGGGUCCUGACGUCCUCCACGCAGGUGUGGCCACUCACAUUGUGCACAGUGAAAAGUUGGCCGAGCUCGAGGCUGCCCUGAUUGCGGAAAAGGACCCUGCAGGAGUCCUCAACUCCUUCAACGACGCGGACCUUGCCGGCCGGCCAUUCUCCUUGGCCCCCACCCUGCAGGACAUCGACGCCACCUUUGCCCCCGAGUCUGUCGAGGAAAUCCUGCAAAAGUUGGAGAGCAACGGCUCCGAGUGGGCCAAGAAAACUGCCGCAACCCUCAACAAGAUGUCACCGACCUCGCUCAAAAUCACCAUGAAACAACUCAGGCUGGGCAAGCAGAAGAAUCUGCAAGAGUGCCUGCAGAUGGAGUUCCGCCUUACCCAACGAUGCUGUGCCGGUCACGAUUUCAUUGAAGGUGUUCGAAGUGUCCUCGUUGAUCGAGACAACAAUCCCAAAUGGAAACCAGCCACCCUUGCCGAAGUCUCAGACGCCACAAUCGACUCCUACUUCGCUCCUCUGCCGAGCGGAGAAGAACUCGACUUCAGUCUCAAAAGUGCCAUUUAAUUAAAAUCUCAGUAACUAUUUUAUCACAAAAAGUCAAAAGUCUCUCCCAUUAUUUAUUCUGCAGGGAUUAAUAUUUUCGUUUUCAAAUCGAUUUAAAAAAAUAAAUAAGAUGUGAUCUAUUUUGAGUACAAAAAA